AUGUCUGGAAGUACACCUUACCGCGAUGCUCGGUCAAUAUCGACGGCUGAGGGAUUCCUAUGUGGCGGUCUUGCAGCAUGUAUGGCGGUGACUGUGUCAAAUCCUGCAGAAGUUGCGAAGACCCGUCUUCAGCUUCAAGGGGAAUUGGCGAAAGAAGGUGUCAAGAAGGUUUACAACAAUGCACUUGACGUGUUUGGAAAAACGUGGAAGAACGAAGGCAUAAAAGGCUUGCAACGAGGUCUCGGUCCCGCUUAUGCAUACCAAAUUCUUUUGAACGGCUCACGGCUAGGGUUUUAUGAGCCUUUUCGCCAUGCCUUGAAUAGAUUCAUCGGCCGCUCGGCCGAAGACCAGAUACCCUUUACAUCUGUGAUCGCUGGAGCCUCUAGUGGGGCGGUUGGAGCCUCCCUUGGAAACCCCUUAUUUCUAAUCAAGGCCCGAAUGCAGGCAUUCUCCCCGGCGCUACCUGUGGGCGCUCAACACUUCUACAAAAGCUCUUUUCAUGCGCUUGCGACAAUAUUUCAUGCUGAAGGUGUUCGGGGACUAGUUCGAGGAAUAGACGCUGCUAUUCUUCGAACUUCGAUGGGAUCGUCUGUUCAAUUACCCAGCUAUAUUUUUGCGAAGAACCAACUGGUAAAGCAUGACAUCUUACCAGCCAACAGCACAUGGACUUUUUUGGCAAGCAGCAGUAUCUCUGGGGCGUGUGUCUGUGUUGUUAUGCAACCUGCUGAUACGGCUUUGACACGCAUGUAUAACCAACCCACCAUCCUGGGUCCAGAUGGCAAGACAAGAGGGGCUCUGUACAAGAAUCCCAUAGACUGUCUGUGGAAGACGUUUAAAGCAGAAGGCGUUCGAGGUUGGUACAAAGGAUCCACGGCCCAUUUUUUACGCAUUGCUCCGCACACGAUCAUUACUCUAACAAUGAACGACAUUAUUAUCGAUCUCUACAAGACAGCAAAGUAUGGCCGCAAGGACGAGCCAUAA